GGGGCAGAGUCCACAAAGAGCAAAACAGCCGCAUAGGGACGCUGCUCUGUGCUGGAGGUGAAUUCAUGCGGCUCCUGUACUGAAACGGCAUGAGCCCCCGGGUAUAUUCCGAGCCCCCAGAUGGGGGCUGGGGCUGGGCGAUCGCCCUGGCGUGCUUCAUGCAGUCCGCCCUGGUCUUUGGGGUCACGCGGCCUUUCGGCAUCUUCUUUGUGGAGUUCAUGGCCUACUUCCAGGAGCCGUCGAGUGCCACGUCCUGGAUCUCGUCCAUCACCGUGGCCACGUCGAAAUUCACCAGCCCUCUGGCAGGCGCACUGGCCACUCAGUACGGAGAGCGUCCCGUCGCCAUCGCAGGGGGGCUCCUUUCGGGCCUCGGCUAUUUCCUCGCCUCCUUCGCCACCAGCCUGGCACAGCUCUAUAUAUUUAUUGGCGUGUUCACAGGAAUCGGAGGAACCUUUGCCCUCUGGCCUUCCCUGGCCUUGCUGUCGCGGUACUUCGAGCGCCGCCGCCCCCUGGCCACCUCCCUGGCCCUCUCGGGCGCCGGCGUGGCCUCCCUGGCCCUCUCGCCCUUCUUCCAAUUCCUGGUGGACCUCUACGGCUGGCGCGGGGCUCUCCUGGUGGUGUCAGGGAUGGUCUUCCACCUGCUGCCGUGCGGAGCCCUGCUUCGCCCCCUCACCUUGCCCGAGAACGACGCCCUGGCAGCGCCCCCGGGGCAGGAGGAGACGUGGCGCCGGAGGCUCUCGUCCCUCUUCGGACUCUCUCUGCUCCGCCACCGAGGUUUCGUGACGUACACCUGCUGCGGGGUGCUGAACGCGGCCGGGUUCUUCGUCCCCCUGGUCCACCUCGUGCCCCACGCCCGGGAGAUGGGCUUCGACGAGUACCAAGCAGCCUUCCUCGCCUCCGCCGUGGGCGUGGCCGACAUCGGGGGCCGAGUCGCCUGCACCUGGCUGGUCACCUGCGGCCCCCUCCGCCUCUGCCACCACCUCACCCUUUGGACCUUCCUGACAGGUGUUUCCGUCCUGGCUGUGCCCCUGGGGCGCAGCUAUGGGGCCGUGCUUGCCAUCAGCGCCUGCUACGGGUUUCUGGCGGGCGCUGUUCUCCCGCUCAGGGUCUCCACCCUGGUGGAAAUCGUGGGUCCCAGCCGGAUCAUGGGAGCCAUUGGGCUCAUCAACCUGAUGGAAAGUGUCGGGGCGCUUUCGGGGCCCCCCCUCUCAGGUUGGAUCCGGGACUUGAGCGGAAGCUACACGGCCUCCUUCCUGACAGGGGGCUCCUUCCUCGUCGCUGGAAGCCUGGGACUUUUGCUCUUGCCCGGCUAUUUCUGCCUCCAUACCCCCAGCCCCCCUACGCAGAACCAGGAAGGGGGGAAACCGGAAGAUCCCUGGAAUCCAAGCCAGCAAAAUGGAGUUUGUCUAGCCUGA